AUAAAAAAAUACAUGGAAAGUGGGAGAACAAUAUGAGUAGAAAGAAAGAAAGAAAGAAAGAAAGAUGAAGAAAAAAAAGGUAUGUGGGAGGGGUUGACUUCCAUCUAUUCCUUGGAGUUUGUAUUGUGACUUUCUGUAUUUUAGUAAUUUAUAGUCCAAACCGUCUUCUUCCCCUUUGUCUCUAAAAUUUCUUGUUGUUCUUGUCAUUUCAAAUUAUAAGCUCCAUUUUAAGUUGAUUAAAAUAUUCUUUUACCAUGUCCCAGUUCGUUUGUUUUUUCGGUAAUCCUUGAUUCGGAGAGAGCCAGUAAGUUAAUUUAUCCAUAUUCAUUAUUUCUAGGACUUUAUUUUGCCAUUCUUCUUUUUUCGGUAUUUCUUUUGGUCUCCCCUUCUUUGCAUAUGUUAUUCUGGCUGCUAUUGUCAGGUGGUUAAAUAGAAUCUCUUUGUCUUUGUCUUUAUCCAGAUCCAACAUUCCUAGCAAGAAAUAUUCUGGCUCCUUUUUAAUGUUAGUCUUUAAUAUUUUUUGUAUUUCUCCGUGUAUAUCUUUCCAGAAUUUUUUAGCUUUUGGGCAGGUCCACCAUGUAUGAAAAAAAGUACCUAUCUGUUGUUCACAUUUCCAACAUUUGUUGGAAACAUUUUUGUAAAAUUUUGAAUUUUUUUGUGGUGUAAUAUACCAUCUGUAUAUCAUUUUAUACCAGUUCUCUCUUAAGUCGAAUGCAUAUGUGUAUUUGAUUCUCUGAUUCCAAAUCUUUUCCCAUUUUUCUAAUUUUAUUGGGUGUCCAAUAUUCGCUUCCCAUUUAAUCAUACACGCUUUGAUUUGCUCUGUUUCUGUUUCUAAUGAUCUUUUGUAUAUUUUGGUAAUUAUUUUAUUUUCAGAUUUCAUUAUAUUGUCUCAAAAAGAAUCCUUUUCUGGGAAGCCUUUCUCUUUGUCUAUUUUGUAAAAUUCUUUGGUUUGAGAAGUUGCUAAAUUUAUGUUUAAUUUCUUUUUCCUCUUUGAGUUCUGUAUUUCCUCUGUUUUUUUUUAACAUGUCUCUGUAAGUCGGCCAUGUUUGCCAUCCUAAUUCCCUCCUUUGGAAGGCUUCUAGUGGUGAAACCCAAAGCGGUGUAUUCCUGUAAAAUCUCUCCUUGUAUCUUUUCCAAAUUUUUAUUAAUCCUGCUCUUAUAUAAUUAUUUGUAAAAUUCUUUUCAACCUUUUUUUUAUCGUACCAUGUGUACGCAUGCCAGCCUCUUCUCAGGUCCGCCCCCUAUAAUGUCAGAAUAUUCCUUUUUAGUAAAGUAGUCCAAUCCUUGACCCAUACUAAUCCACAGGCUUCAUAAUAUGAUCUCAGGUCAGGGAGACCCAAGCCUCCUCUUUUUUUUUCCGUCUAUUAAGUUUGUCCUUUUGAUUCUUGGCUUUUUACCUUGCCAUAUAAAUUUCGCUAUAUCUUUGUUCCACAAAUUAAAAAUGUUCAUAUUCCUGAUGAUCGGCAGAGAUUGGAAUAGAUACAACAUUUUAAGUAAAACAUUCAUUUUGAUUAGUGAAAUUCUGCCUAAUAGGGACAAUUUUAGAGACUUCCAAUUUUCUAAAUCUUUUUUUAUUUCCUUCCAUUUCUGGUCAUAAUUAUUUUUCAACAGCUGAGAGUUCUUUGCCGUCAACGUAUAUCCCAGGUAUUGAAUUUUGUCAACUAUCUGAAAUUCUGUUAUUCUAGCUAGUUCUUCUCUUUUGUUUUGGGAUAUAUUUUUAGUUAAGAUCACAGUUUUUUUCUUAUUUAUUCUUAAGCCAGCCAAUUCUUCAAUUUUAUUAACCCAUCUUUUUAUAUUUUCCAAAGGAUUAUUGAUUAUACAAAUUAAAUCAUCAGCAAAAGCCCUUAAUUUGUAAUUUUCUUUGUUUAUUCUUAAGCUUUUUAGAUUUGGGUCUUCCCUUAUACUAUUCAAUAAUAUUUCCAGUAUCAUGAUGAACAGCAGAGGGGAUAAUGGACACCCCUGUCUUGUCCCUUUACAAAUAUAAAAACUUUUGGAUUCAUGUGAAUUUACCGUAAUUUUAGCUUCUUGUCUUUCAUAUAUUGCAUUUAUAGCGUUUGUAAAUUGGUAACCGAAAUCCAUUUCUUUGAGUAAUCAUUUUAAAAAGUCCCAAUUCAGGUUAUCAAACGCUUUUUCUGCAUCCAAACUUAGUAGGGCCAAUUCUUCUUGAUUUUUUUUUCAUAGUAUUCUAUUGUAUUUAAUAUUAUCCUAAUGUUAUCUUUAAUUUGGCGAUUUGGGAGGAAGCCUGUUUGUUCCUCUUUUAUCCAGUCUUUGAGAUAGUUCUUUAAUAUUUCUGCCAAAAUAUUCGUAAAGAUUUUGUAAUCCACAUUCAAAAGUGAUAUGGGUCUGUAAUUCUUUACAUCUUUUGGGUCCUGGUUUUCUUUAUGUAACAUAAUAAUGUUAGCCUUUUUCCAUGAUUCAGGUAGUUUUUGUUGGUUUAGUAUUCCAUUCAUUAUUUUAUGAAGAUACGGUAUUAAUUCCUCUGCCAUUACUUUAUAAUAUGUGGCCGAGAGACCAUCGGGUCCAGACGCUUUGCUUCCAUCCAUUUUCUUUAUUGCCUUUAUUAUUUCCUCUUCUGUUAUUUCGUCGUUUAGGCUUUGUCUUUGUUGAUCUGUUAUUUUUAGUAUGUUUUGCCUAUUCAAAAAGGACAUAAUGUCUUCUUUCUUUAUUUGGUCUUUAGUAUAUAAUUUCUUAUAGUACUUGUAAAAUUGAUUUGUAAUUUCUUGAUCAUUUGUGAAACGUUUCCCCUCUGACUCAAUUUCCGUUAGAAUCUAAGCUUGCCUUUUUUCCGGAUUUUUCUUGGUAACCAUCUUCCUGGUUUGUUUGCAUUUUGGAAAUUGUAUUGUUUUAUAAAUUUUAAUUGUUUGGCCAAUUGUUCUGUUUCUAAAUAAUCUUUUUGAGUGACCCAUAUGUCCAAAUCUUGUUUUAUCUUUCUGUUUGUUGGAUCUAAUUUUAAUUCUUUCUCUAAAAGUGUUAUUUGUUCCAUCACUUUAUCUAGUUCCUGGUUCUUUUUCUUAUUGUUAUGUGCAUUUUGUUGAAUAAAAUGCCCACGCAUAACCGCUUUGCUGGCAUCCCAUACUGGUUGUAAUGAUAUAUCUUGAGUUAUAUUCAGCUGAAAGUAUUCUUUUAGAAUUUUCUUUUUUUUUUGAUGUCCUCUUGUGAUUUUAUUAGAUUAUCAUUAAGUUUCCAUCGAAAGGCCUUUUUUGACUCGUUUAUAGUGCAUUCAAUUGGGCAGUGGUCGGAGAUACUUCUUGGUAAAAUUUGUACUUUGGAAAUUUUAGUAGAUAGACUUUUUGUCGCCCAUAUCAUAUCAAUCCUUGACCAGGAUUGAUAUCUGUUUGAGAAGUAUGUAUAGUCUCUUUCUUUGUUGUGUAAAUUUCUCCAUAUGUCUUUUAGGUCAAAUUCUUGUUUCAUAUUUAAAAAAUGUUUGGGAAGUUGGCUUGUUUUGUUUCCUAAUUUUUUCCUCUGGUCCUUAGAUUUAUCAAGAUCCGGGUCAAUUACUCCAUUAAAAUCUCCGGCGAUUAUCAAAUUAUCGAAUUCUUGGGAUGAUAUAUAUAUAUUUGAGUUCAUUUAUAAUUGUUGUUUUGGGGCCAUUUGGUGCAUAAAUACUGCAAAAAAGUAUUUUUGACCCUUCAGGUUGAUAAUAAUUCCAAUCAUUCUUCCAUCUUGGUCUUUAAAAGCUAAAUUUGAUUCUAUUUUCGGAUUUAUAUAGAUUACUACCCCUCUUUUUUCUCAUUUGCUGAUGAAUAAUAUUCUUUUCCUAUUUUUUUGGAUUAAGUAUGUUGUAUGUUUUUGGUUUAUGUGUGUUUCUUGUAACACCACCAAAUCGUAUUUGCCUUUCUUUAUUUGAUUGAAAAGCUUUUUUCUCUUAUUGGGGGAAUUUAGUCCAUUAACAUUAAAUAUCAGACACUUUAAAUCCAUGACAAUCCUUUAUUUAUGAAGUUUCGUCGGGUACAUCUAAGUCCAAUAGGGGCACACUAGCGGCUGUCAUCGUUGGUGAGAGGAAUCUUGCUCUUUUGCUAUCUCUUUGGGCUUCUUCUUCUGGUGUUUUGUAUCUUUGUCUCUCUGCAGCCUUUUAUAGAAUUCUUUUGCCUUCUCCUUUGAAGUUAUCCAUAUUCUUUCGUCUUUAUAAGUAAUCAUCAUUCCUUCUUUCCUUUCCCAUCUGAAACGGAUUUGGAGUCUCCUUAACUCAACUGCUAAAAACAUAUAUUUUCUUCUCUUGAUCAGAGUACUUGUAGGGUAUUCCUUUAGGAUCGAGACCUUCUUUCCUUUGUAGUAUAAUGGAUUCUUACUAUUGUUUCUCAGUAUUUCUUCUCUCAAUUUUUUUCUUGAGAGAUGAACUAUUACAUCUCUGGCAACUUUGUUUUUUCUGGAGUAAUUGGUAGUGAUUCUAUAUGUUUUCUCAAUAUUUUCUGACAUUUUUUCUUCCAAUCUUUGAGUUAGCUCAGCUGUCAUUUUACAAAUUAUUUCACGGAUCUUUUCUUUGGGGUCUUCUUGUAAUAUUCCUAAAUCUAAGUUGGAAUUCUAAUUCUUUCUGUUCUAAUCUUUCCUGUCUUAUCUCUAAUUUGGUAUUCAUCAUUUCCAAUUUUUCCAUUUUGGCUUGUAAUUCUUUUUGUGAUUGUUCUAAUUUUUGUUUGUCCUGUUUAAUCUCUUUUAUAUCUUUCUGAACUGUAUCUAGAUUCCUUUUCAUAUCCCCUAAUUCCUCUGAAAUUUCUUUUUUCAUGUUAAGCAUUUGCUCUUGGAAGGUUCUCUAUCUGAUAGUCUCAUAAUUUCCCUCAUAAUGUCUUUUAGAUUCACAUUUUCUGGCAGUGAUUGUCUCCUUUGUUGUAUUUUAGACUCUUCUCUUUCCACUCUUACUUUAGGUGUAGUCAUUUUUAUUUCUACUUUCUACCCCUUUAUGAGGUUUUUAAAAUAUUUUAUAAGUGUCUCUGUUGGUUCUGCUGUCUUCUUGUCUUCUUUCCCUGUUCCUAUGGUCCGUUGUCGUUCUCCGUUGUCCGUCGCUCGCUCCAGCACCUGUUGUUUUGUCCCUCAUUGCCUUCUAUUCCUCUUAUCCUCUGUAUCUCCCUCUGUUCCUUUGCUGGCCAGCUCUGUUCUCGUUGUCCUUGUCGCUGCUAGGUCUUUUCCUAUCUUUUCUGUGUCUUCUGUCCCUUUCCAAUGGGCUCUGAGGAUUUUUAGUUGCUUUAUUUCUUUUAUUUCUCUUUGAUUCCCAUUUUUCUUUUUAUUUCCUGAUUCUCUGGGAUGUUUCUCUAUGACCAUUCCCCUUUUCUGGCCCUCUAUCUUCUUAUUUCCUCUCCUCUAUGGUCUCCUCUUCCGGUCCCUUCAUUUGUAUUUCCUGCUUCCUGUUUCCUGUCCUCCCGAUUCUUCUUCCCCAGCCCUUCCACCGCUCUAGCAGUGCUCUCUCUGAUUUUCUUUGUUUAAAGAAAGGGGAGGCUAUAGACACAACAAACUUUCUCACAAGCUUCUGUCAAUUCUACCACUACAUCACCCACUGUCACCACUAACAUGCCUGAUACUAACAGAACCGAUAAACAAACCGAUGCUACCGUAAAUUCCAUCAUUACAUCACCCAUUGUCACCACUAACACUCCUGAUACUAAUAGAACCGAUAAACAAACCAAUGGGGGCCUGUUCUACAGAAUUGCUUUUACUGUCUACAGUGACAAAGACAUCUCAGAGUCAAAUGUUCAGAGUGCUGUUGCCAACUGGCUAAAUCACACCUUUCAGGAUUGGAAUUACACUGUAUAUGUGGUCAAUAUAAGUAUUCAACCAAGUGCCAUGAAAGACAGAGCGAGGGAGAAGAGAAACGUAGAUCAUCAGAGUUUUGAUGUCCGGGCUCUUUUGGUUUAUAACGCUACCAACAAUAUAAGUUUAGAAGAACAAACAAUUGAGAGGAAACUCGAGAGCAAUAAUGUCAGUAUUGGGAAUGGUUGGAGAAUCAAGAAAGUAGACGUUCAUCCUGUUGAAAAAUGUGAAAAUGAAGAAAAUCCUCCAAAUUACAUUUGGGCUGAUACCAGACCCACAGUGACUGAAAGUAUCCUCUGCCAUGGCAGUUCUACCCAAAUUGCAUCAAGAGUAUGCCUUCUGAACCUGGAUAAUUUCACAUCAUACUGGGGUCCACCUGACCUUCGGAACUGUACAGAAAAUGCAGCAGAUAUAGCUAAUCAGCUUCUCAAUCUCACGGGAGAAGGGCAGCAGCUGACUUCAGACAAAGUCAAUGAUGUCAUCCAGAAACUUAAAAAAAUUGUUAAUGAUGAAGAAAUCAAUGAAUCUUUGGGUUCUACUGUAGUCACAAUAUUUUCUAAUAUUCUAACCAGUUCUGAUAGUGUUUUGGCAGCAUCAUCUUCUGAAGCUAUAAAAACUAUUGAUGCUUUAGCACUGAAGAUUCAAUUUACAGGACCUUCCAUGAGCAUCUCAGCAAAAAACUUGGCACUUGGUGUUUCCUUACUAAAUUCAACCUCGUUCACUGGCUCUUCCUUCAGUGUUGGCACCCAGAACAAUGCUUCAGAUUUUCAGAUUGAUUUUGACAAAAAUCAAGAAAAUUCCCUGGCCUCUGUUGCUUUGCCUGAAAGCUUGCUAAAGAAUUUAAGCCAAGAAGAUAUUGAAAUUGUAUCCAGGGCUCAGUUUACUUUUUUCAAUAAAAGUGGACUCUUUCAGGAUGCUGGCAGUAACACCAGUUUAAUCAGUUAUGUGGUGGCAUGCAGCAUUGGCAAUAUUACCAUCCGUGAUCUCCAAGAUUCUGUAAGGAUUACAAUUAAGCAUACUGUCAAGAAUGACAAAAGUCAGAAGACAUCUAACCCUACCUGUGCUUUUUGGGAUAUGGACAAAAACAAGGGCCUAGGAGGAUGGAAUAAAACAGGCUGUGUUCUACAAGCAGCAUCCAGUGAUGAUGAAACCGUUUGUUUAUGCUCGCAUCUUACACACUUUGGUGUACUGAUGGACCUACCAGGAACUGCUCCACAAAUAGAUCCUGAAAACACCAAAGCACUAACAUUCAUAACAUACAUUGGUUGUGGAAUAUCUGCCAUAUUUUCAGCUGCAACUCUUCUGACAUAUAUUGCUUUUGAGAAAUUACGAAGAGAUUAUCCCUCCAAAAUCCUAAUGAAUUUGAGCACAGCAUUGCUUUGCCUAAACUUGGCCUUCCUCCUCGAUGGCUGGAUUGCAUCAUUUGACAUAGAAGGUCUCUGCAUCGCUAUUGCUGCCCUUUUGCAUUAUUUCCUUCUGGCAACUUUUACCUGGAUGGGCUUGGAAGCAGUUCACAUGUAUAUAGCGCUAGUGAAAGUGUUCAAUACAUACAUUCGGCGGUAUAUACUAAAAUUUUGCAUCAUUGGCUGGGGCUUGCCUGCAGUUGUGAUAAUAAUUGUUCUAGCAAGCACAAAUGCAAAUGCAAGUCACAUUUACAACAAGGAUCUGUAUGGCAAAAAUACUAAAGGGCAAGGUGGAGAUGAAUUCUGCUGGAUUCAGGACAAUACUGUAUUUUAUCUGACCUGCGUUGGAUAUUUUGGAAUCAUGUUUCUCAUGAAUAUUGCCAUGUUUGUUGUGGUGAUGAUGCAAAUAUGUGGGAGAAAUGGAAAACGGAGCAAUCGGACUAUGAGGGAAGAGAUAUUGAGGAACCUUCGUAGUGUUAUUAGCUUGACCUUCCUACUAGGAAUGACAUGGGGCUUUGCUUUUUUUGCCUGGGGGCCACUGUAUCUUCCUUUUAUGUAUCUCUUUUGUAUUUUCAACUCAUUGCAAGGUUUAUUUAUAUUUGUAUUCCACUGUGCCAUGAAAGAAAAUGUACAGAAACAAUGGAGACGGCAUCUCUGUUGUGGUAGAUUCAAACUGGCAGACAAUUCAGACUGGAGUAAAACAGCAACUAAUAUCAUUAAAAAGAGUUCAGACAACUUGGGGAAAUCCUUGUCUUCCAGUUCAAUUGGUUCUAAUUCAACCUAUUUGACUUCCAAAUCAAAGUCCACAUGCAAUACUUUCCUUAAAAGGAACAGUCAUUCUGACAAUGUUUUCCUUGACAAGGCAUCACCAAAAUACAUUCAAGUGGACACAGAGCAGAGUUCAAUUAUACCAGUUCAUCAGGUUAUUGACAAAGUCAAGGGGUACUACAAUACACAUUCAGACAACUUCUAUAGAAACAUUAUCAUGUCAGACUCCUUGAGCCACAGCACAAAAUUCUAACUUUCCGGACAUCUGGAAAAAUAAAAUUCAACAAGCAGCAUGGGGAUUCAGAAGGAUGAAUGACAACAUGAAUACUACCAAAGUCUUCUGCUUUACCUUGCUUUGUCAACACUUAUUUAGCAAGUUCCUCUCAGAAAGGUUCUCCUUACACCUAUUUCCUUUUGGAAAAUCAGAACAUCUAAUUAAUUUUCUCCAGUUAUGUACACACUAUUGAUGCUGACAUUUCUCCAUCUGGACAGUUGUCUAAUCUAUUUUCUGUCUUUGUGUGGUCAUCUUAUUUGUAUUAAAAAGGUCCUAAGAACCCAGACUAAAGCUUCUGGAGGAAGACUUUAAGCAUAUUAUCAAGAUGUUUGUAGAAGCAAACUAUAAACAUACAAUCAAUAUAUUUCUUUUUUUAGGAUAUGUUUUUUUUCUGUUAUGUCUUCACCUAAAAGGAUAAUGAAUGUGCUUCUGUGAUGUACAAUGCAUGGGUUUCUCAACAGAGUCAUCCUGCCAGCAACAUGUUGGCAAAAUGACUCUUCCUUUGCUUUGGAGCUCAGACAAAGUCCCCAACUCCAUGAAGGAUUUAAAGUACUGCAGGGAGAGAAGAGGAAAGAGAAGUUCCAACCCAUGAGACAUAAGUCUCCUUGUAUAAUUUUGGAUGGAACCCUUGGGGUAUUCCAAGUUGCCUUUUCACAGUCAAGGGAAAGGGCCUUAUUAUCACAAAAUGUUUGGGUACACAGAGCAAAACUAUCUUCAGAUAAAAUCACCUUAAUUUUGCUUGCAAAGUCUGGGCCAUAUUUAUAACUUUGUGAAUGGAAGUAUCUAAGACUUCAUUCUAGAUUCUAAGUGAAUAGAGGAGGAUGAAAAGAAUGUUUCUGUAGCUGUAUAAAUGCUUGAGGAUGAAUUUAGUGUUAGUAAAAGUCUGCAUAAUCCUGGGCCAUGGGAAUUGGCUCGAUAGAUUACGUUGCCUUUCCUAAAGUCUAUUUUUCAGCAAGAUCUGAAGUAUUAUAAGCCUUCAUUGACUGACUAUAGUAGAUAAAAGGGUAACAAUUUACUUCAUCAAAAACUUAAAUAUAUGAAAGUGUAAGAUUUUAAUAUGAAUAGGGGCUUCCCAUUGAAUCCAACAUGAGCCAUUCUGUAUACAUCUGGCCUUUCUAAAAAUGCUUCUUAGUUGUUGAGUGAACGGAGGACUUGAGAUCAUUGUUUGUUCAUAACGUUGCAUACAGAAUAGAUGAUUAAUCUGCACAUUUAUGGAUUAGUAACAUAAAAAGCUACCUUAAAAAGUCAAGUCAUUGCUCCAUCUAGACCAGUGUUGUUAACUCUUGACUGGCAGUGGUUCUGCAGGGUUUCAGGGAGGAUUCUUUUCUUUCCUUACCUGGAGAUCCUAUGGCUUUAGCAUGCCUCUUUAGACUCACUAAAAACAGUGUGCGUCAUCUUCACAUGGAGAAUAUAUUGUAAUGUUUACUGUAUAUACAUACAUCAUAUUUUUCACUUGAAUGAAAUCUUUAGUUAAAAAUAAUUUCCCAGGUCAAAAAAUAGAACUAAAAUGCAAAAUAGUGUUUGCCACUACUCAGUUCUUCAUGCUUGCUUACUUGUCUGCCUCUCCAAAGGUUUGCAAUACACUGUUGUACAGUAACUCAAAAAUAAGUCCUUUUGAAUGCUAUGGGGUUUGCUCAGAGGUCAGUUUGUAUAGAUUGGACAGCCAUGUUUUAAUCACCUAUUAUAAACUUCUGCAAUAUAAUCUACUGUUAUUACCUCUAUGUUGAUGUCUGUAAUGGACUGUUCAAGAUUUUUAUAGUUCAUCACAAACACUUUUGUUCUGCAUCACCCAUUUUUAAAAGGACUUAGUUAUGUAUGUAUUCCAAUUAAAUUGUCAUGUCACUUGAAUUGCAAACUGUUUAGUGUCUAUUCAAAAUCAAACUGAUCCUAAACCAAGUACUUCAUUUCACAUGAGCUGUGGAUCAGACUGUGAAUUAUAUGAUUUCUGAUUACAUUAAAUUAAGACAGAAUCUAAUGGAGUUAACAACUCCAUUAACAACUGAAGAACUAUUUGUAUGGAAACAUUGACAAGUUUUGCAUAUGAUUAUCUCCUUUCUUACUAGUUUUCAGAAAAUAUUUUGGUGUGACAUUUGAUGGGAGACAGAAGGGAUUGUUUUUGAAUAAUUAUAAGUUAAUAAAAAUAAACAGUUAAAUCAAAGCUAAAAAGUAGAAUUUUACCAAGUCAAUCCCAGCUACUGUGUGAUGAUUCAAUUAUUCCCUAUAUUUUCACUAAAAUAUUCUUUGCUUUUACUACCAUGUAGUAAUCCUAAACUAUUUUAAAUAUGCAUUUUCCAGUGGUUUUUAUGCCCUUUUCCUGGGUAAAUCUUUGGCCUUCUUGUUGGCAUAGCAUCACCUCCCUUGUAUAUAUUUAUUUAUUUUUGAGGUUUAAAAUAUGUCAACAUAGUGUUAGCUGCAUAUUGGCUAUCCUUGUGAUUAUAUGCAUCUGUUUCACAAUAAGAGAGGUAGAAAAAUCAUCUCAAAUAUAUAUAUUUAUAUUUUACUUUCUAUGAGAAAAAUGUAUUGCCUUUGAUAUUGUUUAGCAGCAUGAGUGGAAAACUGAUGUAAUUUCAAAUGCUAGCUGUUAUGGACUAGUGUGGUGGAUUUAGAGGCUGACCAAAGCAGAAAUACUCUCAAGUGUUUUAGUUGUUAGUAUGCCAAAUAAUUAAAUUUUAAAAAAAUUGUGA